AUGCGACAACGACCGUCAUUAAAGAAAUUCAUUUUUCUUACUGUCAUAUUUCACAUUGCAGGUGGGCAAUUUUGCUUUUUCUCUCUUCUCCUUUUACUGUGCUUUUGA